AUGAGCGACUUUUUCGACCAAGAUAUGUCAUCAAUGCCCUUACUCAGUGACGCUCAGGGCUAUGUCAACCCAUACCAGCACCCUUCUCAAAUGUCCCCACUAGCCGGCGUCACGGGUACCUUUGCCCCAACGUUACACGGGCCGAUGCCCGCGCAAACAAACCAAGCCUUGUUCAUGUCUCCCACCCUCUACCAGCCGACGCGAGCUAGUAGGCAGACCGGGUGCUCCUGCCUUGGUGGAAUUGAGGCGCGAUAUGCGCAACAACUGUGUUUGUCCAAGCUCGAGUCUAUUCAAAAGGACGUCGCCCCCGUAUCUGAGAUCAGGACAGACGUCACCUCAAUGAGGAGAGAAGUGCAGGGAGCUUUCAACAGGUUGGAAAAACUCGAGGCUAAGAUUGAUGCUCUGGGCCAGGCAAUUGAACAGAUUCAAUUAUCGCUGGCAGGUUUCGCGGGGCGGUUUGAAGAUCUGCAAAAUGGACUUCGAGCCUUCUCUGCAGACUGUCAUGCCUGGUUUGCGCGAUUGGGCAAGGAGGCCGACGAGAUCUUGGGUGAGCAGGGGCGCAGCGGAGCUGCCUCCGCACCACCAGGAGGAGGUACCCCUAGCUUUGAUUUCAUGAUGGGGCAACAUGUAACAGAUAUGAACGACCAGAUCAAUAGUUUCAAUUUCGGAUAG